CCCUAGCAUACAUUGUGAACGUGUAACCGACGGCAGCCAGUCGCCUCUGCCGUCAAAUAAAUAAUAAUAAAAGUGAAUUAACAGUGCAACCAUGGCUAAAAUAUUGGUGUUGUUAUGUUUAGUGGCCGUAGCAAGUGCCAACUCGUACUCAGCGUCGAGAUUACUAAAGAACAUUUACAGCGAAUGUUUGAGCCAAUAUUCGGUGGAAUGUGUGAAACCAAGGACCCUGCAGUGGAUUUCUUCUGUAGCCAACAAUGACGAGAUCAAGAUCACUGAAGACCUUACUAUCGUGAAGACUGGAACAAUUGAGGAUGAUGAACCAGUUGACCCCAGACUGGCCAAAGAUCCCGCGUACGAGGUCUUCGACAAAGUCGAUCGAUUCCUUCAGACCCACUCUCUGAAAGUGAAAGUUCCUGAGGAAAUUACGAAGAGUGCCGCCUCCGAAUAUGUACCCAGAUCUCUUCUUACUGACUUGCCGUCUGAAUUGGAUAUGCCUUUGGAUGGAGAAAGCGAAGUUGAUACUUUCGAGGGCAGGAAGAAGAAGAUCAAGCUCCCCAAGCCUUUGAGGAUCAAGAGCAAGCACGGUUUCAUCAAGAAGGUGUUGCUGCCCUUCCUCCUCGGUCUGAAAUUCAAGGCUUCAGUCCUGGUUCCUCUGGCGCUUGCCAUGAUCGCGCUCAAGACUUGGAAGGCCCUUACCCUUGGUCUCAUCUCCCUUGUUCUGUCUGGUGCCAUGGUCAUCUUCAAAUUCACAAAACCCAAGGUCGUGAACUAUGAAGUCAUCCACUACCCACAACACCACGUUGAGCACCACGUGGACCAUCAUGCUCCAGGAUGGGACGCCCAUGGUCCUUACCAGGCGAGGUCCUACGAAGACGCCCACGAAAUCGCAUACUCCGCACAAAUAUAAAAAGAAACAAAAAAAAAUAGCUUUAAAACGACGGACCUCUGACUAAUUUAUUUAAAUUAUUUAUUUAUUUUUAUCUGUAAAUAAAACUGUAUAAAAUAAGUUUCAAAUUUUACCGGAUGUUUUUUUACCUUAAAACGACAACUCCUUCAUUAGCCAACUUUCUUACUUCCUUAUUUUCAUCCACAGAAUUAUUCAUAGAAGUUGUUUCAUUACGUUUUUUAUUACCAAAAGUUUCAUAAUUCACGUUCUUUAAUGCAUAGCUGUUUUCACUCAGACCAAUCUCAUUGAAAUCAAUUUCUGAUACUCUGUCAUUAAUUGUAUUUUUAACACGUACCAUUUUGGUGACAGGAAGCUUGUCGCCAAUUUCACCGCUUUCCAAAUGUCCAAAUAUGAAAUUAAAAUUGUUUUCACUACCUUUAUUAUCAUUGACGCCGAGUACUAGGGGAUCGUUGACCAUGUUAAGUGUAAAUUUUUCAGGAUCUACAUUUUCAAUGUCGUAAUCCGGCUGCUUGAUCACUUUCUUCUUUGUAUUGGUUACGUGAAUGAAUUUUUCUAUUUGUUUCAAAUGUAAAUUAGUAUUUUCCAGUCUCUCUUUUCUGCUUUCGUUUGAAUCAAAAUUCAUGACGACGCGUCGCAUGUCCGGUCUGUUUGGCAACAGCAUUUGAUCAGUAAAUGUCUUGUAUAUAUUAGACUUCUUUAAAGGAUUCAUUUUGUAAAUAUUAAGGAGUACGUUGAAGUUAUCCGCGUGUGCUCUUUUGAAUCUGUUUUGAUGUAAUUGUACAUUCUUUAUUACC